GGCAGCUGUGAGCAGGACCCCACGCUCAUGUGUUCUUUGGACUGACUGUCACAGUGGUUUUAGCUCUGUGCUGCUGCAGGGAGCUGGAGCUGAACCUGCUCCAUCAGUGUGUGUGUGUGAAAAGACUCAGCAAACAUGGCUGGUAAAAUCCAGGGCCUGAGUGAGGAUGACAGAGCCCACCUUCUACCAUUACUACGAAAUGCUCAAUGGGUGGAGGUGGUGGGCCGGGACGCCAUUUACAAAGAGUUUGUCUUUAAAGACUUUAACCAGGCUUUCGGAUUCAUGUCCAGAGUGGCUUUACAGGCAGAGAAAAUGGACCAUCAUCCUGAGUGGUUUAAUGUCUAUAAUAAGGUCCAGAUCACUUUGAGCACACAUGACUGUGGAGGCCUGUCGCAGCGUGACAUCACUUUGGCCACAUUCAUUGACCAAGCAUCUCUAAUGUGAUCAACCAUAAUAAAUGAGGAUAGAUCAUUAGGUCAAAUGUGCUCUCUGUAAUGCUUCUGUGGAAAAUUGUGAAUUUAAGGAAAUCUUAAAUGUAAAUGUUGACCCUUUAUGUCUAAAGGAUUCAGGUAUUACUGCAAUCAUUCCAACGCUAUGUACUUUACACACAACACACACGACACACGGGCUAGACAACACAACCAGCAAGUGAGUCCAAUAAAAUGGACUCAAAUUGAAAUAAUACCUGGGUCUACUCUUGAUGAUUUGUCUCCAUUCAUCAGUCCAUCACAGGGCCACAUGUAGAGACAAACAAACAUUUACACUUGAAUGAAUAUCUUAGACAAUCCCAUGUGUUUUUUAAGAAAACCGGAGGAAUGAAAGGAAAUAUAUCUGAAAAAACCCAAACCCACCCGGGAAAUGCAAACCAUCCAGUUAGUGCACAGUUGGGGUUUGAACCCGCGACCAUCUUGCCUUAGAAUAUAGAAUUUUGGGCUCAACCUAAGUUACACAUAAUGAUGCUGAUUAAUUCUGUGUAUCUUUGUGACUGUAAAGAAUAACCACUGCCAGUUGUUACACAGUGCAUUAAAAUUGUUUAUUAAA